AUGCUGCACCGGGCGGCCCUGGAAGAUGAACCGCGAUCGUUCCACCCCAGACGUCCCUCGGGCCCUCUCACGGAGCCCCCGUCGGGCCCCCUCCCCAAUCGACCAGCUUCACGCUCUUCACGGCCAGCCUCGCGGAACAGAUUCGGGAAUCCUUCCGGGACCAGUGUGUCCACGGGAUUGGGGGUUGUGUCGGAGAAUGGACCGGGUCGGCAUCCCACGUUGGUGCAAACGAGUCCCAUUAACGAAGGCCUGGGGACCCUAAAUCGCUGGUCGCAGUCCACCGCAUCCAGCAAGAGUCCAUCAGAGCAUAAUGGCCACCGGCGCGGCAGCUCCAAGAUGUCCAUCUCAGGCCACAGUCCACACCGAGGUCCCAAGCUGGCUGAAUUGCCCGAGUUGAGCCUCCCAGAGUUAAGAGCAUCGGAGAUCUUUUCCACCGACCCAACUACCUCCCAUCUCGACCUUUCUUUCACGGCCUCGAGUCAGAUAUUUCAAAGUUCUUCCAACAAUGAUCCUCGAGAACUGGGCAAUCUUCCCCCUUACCACGAGCCGACCGCAACGCGCACGAGUGAUGGCGCGGCUUCUGCAGAUGGCGAUGGUGACGGAGAGAAUCGACAAUAUGGACAGACACAGAAAGCAAUGCUAUCCAAAGCACUGCAGAAGGCGAAUACGGCUGUACUUUUGGACAAUGCUGCGAAUUUUGAAGGCGCCAUGGAGGCUUAUACCGACGCCUGCCAGCUGCUGCAAUUAGUGAUGUUGCGGAGUAAUGGAGGCGAUGAAGAGAAGAUUAAACUCCAGGAGAUUCGCGAUACCUAUAUGAUCCGCAUUACCGAACUCCAGCGCCUGGACUUCCCUAUGCCGGAUAACGAUGGCAAGGCGCUUCCGGAGCGUCCCUUGAGUCAAGAGUCCUAUGGCGAGCUCCUUCAUGCCACGGUCCACGAUGACUCUCAUAUCGACAGCCAACACAGCUCAGCCCAUUCCAGUCUAGGCCUUCAACCGGCAUUUGAAGAAUCCAGGUCUCUCCCGCUCGAGGCGAUCCCUCCCCGCCGCCAAUCGCUCCGACCAUCUGCGCAAUCGGGUAGGACUACUCCAGCCGGUCUUGGGAACAACCUCGCAGCUUAUAGUGGGCAAUUCCUUGAGCCCGCGGCUGUGCAAGAAACCAACGAGUCAACCUCCUGGCUGGACACCAUCGACGAGUCGGGUGCCUCCUCGCCGUCAUCUGCCAACUCCAAGGCCUCGUCAGUGUACCUGCGCCGGCGAACGAGUCGCCGCCUCAGCACCGAUACCGAAGCCGAAUUUGAUGCCGCACUUGACGCCGCGGUGGAAGCUGCAUAUGACGAGGGUCUCGAGCCGGUGAUGGAAUACAAUGACGAAGAGAGCGAUGACAUCGUAGCCAAUGCUCGCAGAAAUAUUGAGCUGGCGAAGCAACGGGUACGAGAAGCUGAACUAGAGGCUGAGGCUGCCAUGAACCGUGGUCGAGAGUUCCGCCAUCUUCAGGAACAACCCAGUCUGGACAACAUGGGCCGGAAUUCAGAGUACCUGGAUGAAGAAGCUGAAGAAGAGGAGCGACUGCUAGAGGAGAUGACCAAAGGCUACGUAAUGGAUGAUUUCGAGUUCGGUAUCCAAUCCAAGUCUGCCCUUCCUCGCGAGUCAGACUCGAGCAACAUUUCUGGGCGAACCUGGGAAAGCUCGGCUGCUUCAAAUAUCACGGGCACCGGCGGCGCGACUCUGUCCACGCUCACGGAGGAUGAUGAUAAUAUUUUCCCUCCCGACUUGACCGACCGAAACCAAUUGCCAUCCUCUCCCCCCACGGCGGCAUUGCCUCCCAUUCCUGUUUCGUCCGACUUCCCUGGCCUACCACCUCACCGAGCAUCGUUGUCCGCUCCCCCUCCCCCUCCGCCUCCCAUGGGACCCCCUCCUGUUCCCGGGGUACGAGCUCGGAGGCUGUCGGGACAUGCGUUGAAUGAACUGAAGAUCGAAACUGGCACACGUCCUCGCGGCGAUUCCUCUGUCUCGAAUGUCGAUCCCUUCACGGCGCCCUCGCCCUCGCCGGGCCCUCCCCCGCCUCCCCUCCCCAAGGACGAACCUUCACAAGAACCUCCUCGAGCUUCGACGCCGAGCUUCCGUGCCAAUCUGCAUCCAUCGAAACGUAACCCCUCAGUUGGAUCUGUCGUGGACAACCUCACCUUGGCCAAGACCCGCACUCACGAAGACGAUGAUCUUGGAAUUCCCCCUCUCCCCGCCUCUGCACGCCCACUGGGUAAAGUUCCAUCCGCUCCAGACGGCCUCGACAAGGCCCAUACCAACUCCAAAUCCUUCCGCAGUCGCAACGUCUCUGUCCCUACUGCCGAUACCGCCCCGGGCUCUCCAACAACCCCGUGGAGUGGUUCGUUCCCAUCUCUAGACACUCAGAAGGCCGCAAUGGUCCCUAGUGUUCCCAUCCUGCCUACUCCAUCGGCGGCACACUUCACACAGAAUGGUCUUCCCACUGGUGGUCUCAACCUUUUCGACUACGAUAUUCAUUCUCCUACUGCUCUGGGCCGCCCGAACUCGCUGGUGCACAAUGCUCCGCUCCCUCUUGAACCUUGUCCCGAGUCAUUCCUCCUCCGGCCCUUCUGGCUCAUGCGAUGCUUGUAUCAGACACUCUCUCAUCCCCACGGCGGUUACCUCUCCGCAAAACUCUUCAUUCCUCGUGACGUCUGGCGCGUGAAGAACGUCAAGAUCAAGGCCGUCGAGGACAAGGUGUCAAACUGUGAUCUGCUCACGGCGGCCCUUCUCAAACUGGCGCAGGUGGACAUGUACGACGCGGAUGCCGUGCUAGAGGAGAUGCAAUCGUUCGAGGGUGUUCUCGAUCAGGUCCAGAUUGCAUUAUCCAAGAAGCUGGGCAGUGAAGUUGGCGUCCACGCCGCCAUUCCCUUGUUCAAGCCUACCGCGUCUUUCGAUGAUUCUGCGCACCCCGAGCCGGCCUCUUCCAGGAGCUCUGGUACUUCCAACAAAUCUUACAGGCCGACGUGGAAACGCCUGCGAUCUAAGACCUCGGGCAUUAGUACCGUCAACUCGACGUUCUCGACGACACCUCGCGAUAGUAACAAAGAGCACCUGACUUUGACCUCAGUGCCCAUGACCACGGCGCCAGUUAGUCAGACUCGCCGUAGUGUGACCUCGCUGGAUUUCACGGGUCCGAAUUCUCAUUAUAUGGGCGCAUUAGCACGUCUCUUUGAUGCUGCUCAAAUACUGGAUCAAAUCGCCCAGCAAGUCGAGGACCCAGGUCUCAAGCACUCCUCUCCGACCCAUGUUGGCCUGGAGCUAAGCACGCGACACGCAGCCGAGUUCUUUGGCUUUUACAUCUGCCGCUUCGCUUUGGCUGAUGUAGGUCUCAUGCUUGACAAGUUCAUCAAGCGUGGCAGUGAGUGGGUGUUGAUCUAG